AAGACUUCAAAGAUGGAGUAAAUUACCGUCAGUUUCCCAUUAAUGGCAUCAAAUCACGCCAUUACUGACAUGUCAAGAUUAGACAAGUACUCGAGUUCACGCAAACAGAAAUCGCGAUUUCAAUCACCAUAAUCUGAUUCGAACAACAUUCUGACGAUCGAAAUCCACGUGAUAAUUGUGCCUACUCGAUUCUGGACGAGUUUGUAUUUCCUGAAAGUUCUUGCAAAUUGUAAAAUGUGAUAUACAAAAUCUGUUUUAUAUUGGGAGUAUUUUGCAAGAUUGCUGCUCCUCUGGGAUAUUAAAAUCUGCAAAUUGCUGCUCUCUUGUGAUAUGCACUCAUUCUGAUUCAUGUUAAUUGGUUAUAACCAACGGAAGAGCCAUGGGACAGGCUUCGUCACUGCUUCUGGUGCUUUUGGCCUUUGGUUUUUUCAUUGUGACAUAUAAUUUGCUAACCAUGUUAAUGCACAAUAGAGCAGUUGGAAAAUGGAUCAGUGAUGAUUCAGAUGGCGGAAUAUUUUUUGAUCCUGUUGUUAAGAUGCCUGAAAAUGUGAAAAAUCCAAAGAAUGCCAAGUUGCCAUUCCAUGUUGCCUUAACAGCCACUGAUGCUCCUUACAGCAAGUGGCAGUGUCGCAUUAUGUAUUAUUGGUACAAGAAGAAAAAGGAUCUGCCUGGGUCAGAUAUGGGGGGAUUCACAAGAAUUUUGCACUCAGGAAAUCCUGACAACUUGAUGGAUGAGAUUCCUACAGUUGUAGUUGAUCCCCUUCCAUCAGGGUUGGAUCGGGGUUACAUCGUCCUAAAUAGACCAUGGGCAUUUGUGCAGUGGCUUGAAAAGGCUACAAUUGAAGAAGAAUACAUACUGAUGGCAGAGCCUGAUCACAUAUUUAUAAGUCCCCUCCCCAACUUAGCAAGGGGUGGAUACCCUGCUGCCUUUCCAUUUUUCUAUAUUAAGCCUGAAAAGAAUGAACAGAUAAUCAGGAAGUUUUAUCCAGAGGAGAAUGGGCCUGUGACAAAUGUUGAUCCAAUCGGCAAUUCUCCUGUUAUUAUAAAAAAGGAUUUGCUGGAAAAGAUUGCUCCUACAUGGAUGAAUGUUUCUUUGAAGAUGAAAAAUGAUCCAGAGACUGAUAAGGCUUUUGGCUGGGUGCUAGAAAUGUAUGCUUAUGCUGUAGCAUCUGCAUUGCACGGUGUGCAACAUAUUCUUCGAAAGGACUUUAUGCUGCAGCCCCCAUGGGAUCUGGAGACUGCCAAAAAGUUCAUCAUUCAUUACACUUAUGGCUGUGAUUACAAUAUGAAGGGUGAGCUAACUUAUGGAAAAAUUGGAGAGUGGCGAUUUGACAAGAGAUCAUAUCUAAGAGGACCUCCGCCCAGGAAUCUCUCACUGCCUCCUCCAGGAGUUCCUGAAAGUGUGGUGACCCUUGUAAAGAUGGUGAAUGAAGCUACUGCCAACAUCCCCAAUUGGGACACACAAUAGAUACAUGGCUGUCCUCAAGAUGGUAUAUUUUCUGUGAAACUUAAAAUUCUUGGGGGAGGAAUUUCUGUUUUAUUUUUGGUUCUUUUUUUUUUUUUUAAAUUUUAAAUCUCAGAGUAGCUUUCUCUAGAAACUUGAUGUAUACAAACCUCAGUGAAGGAAAAAAUAGAAAGAGAGGUUCUUACUGAAAUUUUAGAAGGCCUUUGAUUUUUGGGAUUUAAACCAUUCCAUGGAAAAUUCUACCAUGUUUGAGCUUUUGAUAAAAGGGUUAAUCCCAUUUUGUCCUUACCACUAGCUCCAUACUCUUGCGUAUGGGGAAAACAUCCAAA